AUGUGGGAUACAGAGCGGAUUCCAGGUACACUUGAUGUUAAUAUGUUAACUUUGGAUGGUGUUGUUAUGGGUCCACAGAUUUGUGCUUUUGAUGAUUGCACCAAUGACCUUCUCAAUGCUCAUGGUGGUGCACUCUGUGCAACACAUGAAGCUUUACUUGCAAAUAAAUGUUGUGUGGUUGGCUGUUCUAAAUACAAGAUUCAAGGAACACAAGCUUGUGCUGAACAUGUUGCUGACUGGAAGAAAAGUAUUCAUGAUUGCAGUAAAGCCACCAUUAAUGGUAUUCGGUGUGUUCUUCAACGUCCUGGUGAACGACAAGAGUGGCCAAACAUCUUUGAUGCUGCUAUUCAGCUGCCACAUGAUGAUGAGGUUGAGACUGAAAAUCCUCAACCCACCAUAAAACGAAAGACCUAUUUCUCACCCAAUCACUCAUAUUGUGUUGAAACAGCAUGUUCACCAUGUGGAGUUGUCAUUGCAUGGACCAAAUUUCCAAAAUCUGAAUCUCCAACUAACAUUCUUAAUUGGCUUGAUGAAUUGUUUCCUAACAAGGAAGAUCGGCCUUCUUAUAUAUGCAUUGACAAAGCAUGUCAAGUUUUCAAAACAGCUGUUGGAAGUGAGAGAUGGAAAGACUGGACAGACACAACUUGUUUUAUUAUUGACACAUAUCACUACAACAAUCACUGUGCCAAAGAUGAAAUUUGUUGGAAAUGGUGUAAUCCUGCACCAAAAGAUGGUAGUGCACCAAAUCUUGUGGGAGAAACAAUUGAUGAGGAUGGCAAUCUUAUUCAAUGGAGAGAAUUUAACACUCAAGUCUGUGAACAGCUUAAUGCAUGGCUUGCUGGUUAUGAAUCUAUUUUGAAGCAAAUGACAUUUCAAAUUUUCAAUUGGUUUAUACAUACUAUGCUUGUUUACCAUGUCAAGCAUGUGCUUGCCAAGAUGACAUCUAUGGAGGAUGAUGAAUCAGCAGAUGAAGAAAGCAGUGAUGAAGAAAGUAGUCAUGAAGAAAGCAAUCAGGAGGAAGAAAUGGAUUCAAAAAGUGAAAGUGCCGAGGUCGUUCAGGCAAUUGGCAAAGUGUGGGAAAGAGCUAUGGACCCCGAGGCUUCAUCCGACCCUUCGAUUAGGAAUUUGCAGGCCGCCUUUGAUAAAUUGUUGACGAGGGGAGAUGAGUUUACCAAGAUGGAUCGUAUGGACCUGGUUCGUCAUAGCGAAAUUCACCAGGAGGUGCUCAGAUCCCUGCCUGACAGCAUAGCGACAACGAGCCAUUAUCGGUAUGUUUUGGCCACCUUGAGGAGGGAGAAGGACCGGUUGCGUGAACAAAUCGAUUCAGACCGUGAUCUGGUUGCAGCAAUGGACGCUACUUUAGAAGGACUACGGCCAUUCAUCCCAGACGAGAUCCCAGACAAGGGGAAGGGGAGGGACAAAAGGGAUGGACCAGGGUUUAAGUAG